AUGAACGUGCAAGCCAAGAACGGCACCCCGGUCCCCAUGGACGGCGAUCGCGAUUCCGCCGACAUCACUGAACAUUCGGAGCCACUGGACUCCGGAAGAGAAAAGAGCAAUGGCGAUAUGAAGGCGGAGAACCGCAAAGCUGCGAAUGCUAAAGACCCAUCGCGACCGCGACGGAAGAAGGCUCGCCGAGCUUGCUUUGCCUGUCAGCGAGCUCAUUUGACGUGCGGCGAUGAGCGACCAUGUCAACGCUGUAUUAAGCGGGGUCUACAAGAUGCUUGUCAUGACGGGGUCCGUAAAAAGGCCAAGUAUCUUCAUGAUGCUCCGGACGGAGCACUGAUGCCCGGAGUGCCCGGGAAUUUCUAUCCUACCAACACUCCCAUGCGAAACAGCUUGCCCAUGUCUAGGAAUGGCACCAAUUCGAGCACUUCGCAGCAGCCUCAGCCGCAGCAGCAGCAACCCCAGCAACCCCCGCAGCAGCAAGCGAACAACAACUUCUACCCCACGCCUCAGCCACAACCCCAGCCGCAGGGGUCCUAUAACAUGUACCAAGAAACAGCCAUGAGUCAAAGUCCUUUUACCACCCAAUCACCUGUUUCACCUACGUACAACCUAAAGACCAGUCAGAAUGGUCGCAACCCCAGCUUAUCGUCCACGGUGAACCAACAGCCUACCCCCAGCACCGCCCUCUCCGGGGACACCUCCCAACCGCCAAAUCCGUUCGCGGGGCCAUUUUUCGACCCCAGUGACCCCGCACUUUUCAACUUUGAUUUGUCCAGCAUGAAUUUUGAAAACCGCUAUGGUGCUCUUGAGUUUGGGAUGUUAGGGCAUAUGGCGACCGGUGCCGGAGAUUCGCCUACCGACUCGGGCACGCAGCGAGGGUCGAUAGGCCGCAGCGGAUCGGCGCAGUUCUCCACGCCAGCUCCUGGGUUCGGCGAAAGUCCAGGGAAUCAACCAUUCAUGUUUGGUGAUCCCCUGCUGAACGAGUGGUCAACUGGACAGGCCUCGGGCCAGCCGCAUGUGAACGUCAGCGGCGUAUAUGGCCAGAAUGGCAUGCUCCCGGGACACAUGAAAGCAGACGGACCACAUGCCUUUGCUAUUGAAAGCGGUCCCGCCAACUUCACCAGCCCCGGAUCGGCGAGUAGUCCACAUGUGGCUACCUCUGGUUUUGACGAUGGAUCCUUCAACACCGCCAAGUCCAACAGUCUUGCACCUAAUGGACAACGACCGGUGAUUACCACGCCUAGCUUAAAGCACCAACAAUUACAUGUCGGGCCCAAGCGACGUCAUCGGAAUCCUUCCUCAAUAUAUGAAAGUGUUAAGGAACCAUACGGUUACACGAGUGGUUUCCACAACCUCACUGCCUUUAUCCAGCGUCGUUUCUCACCGCAGAAGACUGUGCGUAUCGCUAAGUCUUUGGCAUCUAUUCGACCGUCUUUUAUCGCUACCACCAAGACUCUCAAUCGGGAUGAUUUGAUUUUCAUGGAAAAAUGCUUCCAACGAACGCUUUGGGAAUAUGAGGACUUCAUCAACGCCUGCGGCACACCAACAAUUGUCUGUCGACGCACAGGAGAGAUUGCCGCCGUGGGAAAAGAGUUUAGCAUUCUGACGGGAUGGAAGAAGGAUGUAUUGUUAGGCAAAGAGGCCAAUCUCAAUGUCAACACCGGUGGUACAUCCCAACCGGCAUCCGGCACUAGCUCACGGGGCAGCUUCACACCCCGAGGCUCGACCCUAGAGAACACCAACGGCCGGCCGCAACCAGUAUUUCUGGCUGAACUUCUUGACGAUGAUAGUGUCGUGGAAUUCUACGAAGAUUUUGCACGUCUAGCAUUUGGUGAUUCUCGCGGUAGCGUAAUGACCCGCUGCAAGCUCCUCAAGUACAAAACCAAGGAAGACAUGGAGGUGGGACAGGACGACAAUGGAAAAUGGAACAACCACCUACGCAAAGGUGGCAUUGCCGGCGAGGCUGGGAUGAACCAGCUGGGCUUCAAGGACGGCAAGGUCGAGUGCGCGUACUGCUGGACAGUUAAGCGCGAUGUGUUCGACAUUCCGAUGCUUAUCGUGAUGAAUUUCUUGCCCUGCAUUUGA